AUGGCUGCCGUCGCCGAGCCCGUCGGGGAGUUCAUCGACGCGUUCAACUCCGACUACGCCCGCAUUCAUAAGGCGUACGAGGACAACUUUUGGGCCACCAAGAUGAACCUCAAGGGCAACUCCACCGACGCCCUCACCGAGUCGUUCAACGCGCUCGAGGCGUUCCUCGGCGAUCGCGAUACCCUCGACAAGGUCCGAGGCUACCUCGCCGGCGCCGACGCGACCGACGCGCAGGUCGUCGUCCUCAAGCACAUCGAGAAGACCCUCGGGUGCUACAUCGUCGAGUCCGCGGAGGCCAAGAAGGUGCGCGAGGAGGCCGUCGCGCUCGAGAACAAGAUGAACAGCGCCAGGAACAAGCUCGGACUCACCUACGUGGAGUCCGACGGCACCGUCACCGACGCCACCCCCACGGUGCUCCGCACCAAGAUUCGCAGCGCCUCCGACGAGUCCGUGAGGAAGUCCUGCUGGGAGGCGACGCGGAAGGUGGGACCCUUCCUCCUGAGCAACGGCUUCCCCAAGAUCAUCGCCGAGAGGAACCGAUUCGCUCGGACGCUCGGGUUUGUCGACUUUUACGACAUGAAGGUGACGCAGGCGGAGGGCUUCAGCAAGGCGCGUUGCUUCGAGAUGCUCGACGGUCUGGAGACCGCGACGAGGCCCAUCCUCGACGCGGCGCUCGCCAAGCUCAAGGCGGACAAGGGCGAGGACGCGCUCAAGCCCUGGAACAUCUCCUACGCGCUCAGCGGCGAGCUCAGCCGCGAGAUGGACCCGUACUUUCCGUUUGAAAACGCUCCCGAGGUUUGGGGGCGCUCGUUCGCCGCGAUGGGGAUACGGUACCGCGACACCAAGAUGCAACUGGACCUCUGCGAUCGAAAGGGCAAGUACCCCAACGGGUUCUGCCACUGGCCCAUCGCCCCGCACAAGGCGCAGGACGGCACCUGGAACGCGAGCCAGGCCAACUUCACGUCGCUCGCAACCCCCGACGAGGUGGGAAGCGGAAACACCGCCCUCACCACCCUGAUGCACGAGGGUGGGCACGCCGCGCACUUCGCGAACAUCGAGCAGGGCUCCCCGCUCUUCAGCCAGGAGCGCGCGCCGUUCUCGGUGUCCCUCGCGGAGACGCAGUCGAUGUUUCUCGACUCCCUCUGCGGCGACGCCGCGUGGCUGGGCCGAUACGCCAAGGACCGCGCCGGAUCCCCCAUCCCCUGGGACCUGCUGGAGAGGUCCAUCCGGGAGAAGCACCCUUUCGAGGUGUUCAUGCUCCGCGGCAUGAUCGCCGUGCCUUACUUUGAGAAGGCGCUCUACGAGCUCGACGAGGCUGAUCUCACCGCGGAGAACAUCGAGCGCAUCGCCGACGAGAUCGAGCACAAGAUCCAGGGCGGACUCGCCGCUCGCCCGCUCCUCUCCGUGCCGCACAUCACCUCCGACGAGUCAUCCUGCUACUACCACGGGUACGUGUUCGCCGAGAUGGCGGUCCACCAGACCCGGGCGCACUUCCUCGGCAAGUACGGCGUCAUCGUCGACAACCCGGAGAUUGGACCGGAGAUGCUCAGGUCGUACUGGCUCGCGGGCAGCGGCGAGCCCGGGUUCCUCAAGAUGGUGCAGGACCUGACGGGGAAGCCCCUCGGCCACGACGCGUGGGUGGCGGAGCUGAGCAAGCCCACCGAGGACGUCGUGAGGGACGAGAAGGAGGAGUACGCCAAGGCGGUGAACGCCGGCGCCUACGCGGGCGAGGUUGACCUGGGCAUGCACGCCGUCUUCGUGCACGGCGACGAGGUCAUCUCGGACUCCAAGGUUGAGGACGGGUACGCGGCGGCGUGCGCGAAGUUCAAGAAGUGGGUCAACGAGAACUGGCCCAAGACUGCAGUGACUGCGUAACCCUUAAAUAGAGAGAAAAGAUUGGAGGGUUCAA